CCCGGAUGUUCCCGAUUUCAGGAAGUCGGUCAUGAGACAACAAACCGCUGCAGUUUCUGCUCUUUUCCCUCCUCCGUUUAAUUAUCUGUAAAUAACAUAAAAAUAAAGCCUCAGAGACCACAGUGAGUACCAGAAGGUGUAAAUAAAUAUGCUAUUUCCGGUUAUCGACAGGAGCAUGGAGAAUGAUGAACUUUCGUCAGAGGAUGGGAUGGAUUGGAGUGGCCGUGUACCUGCUGCUUAGCAUCGCUGCGGUUUAUUACGUGUUCGAGAUCAAUCAGACGUACAACCGCCUCACACUGGCUCACGUGGAGAAGGUGAGUGGGACACGCCCACCAGCACCACCACAUCAGCGUGCGGCGGACUCCACCUCCACCCCCGUGUCCUCGUGGAUGCAGAGCGUGAAGUCGCGGCUCCUCCUGCUGCCCUUCUGGCUGUGGGUCUCCAUCCUCCUCGUCCCGUACCUGCAGCUCUUCCUCUUCCUCUACUCCUGCACCAGGACCGACCCCCGAACCGUGGGUUACUGCAUCCUGCCCAUCUGCCUCGCCCUGCUCUGUAACAGACACGCCUCCUUCACCAAGGCGUCCAAUCAGAUCAGCAAGCUCCAGCUGAUUGACACUUGAUGUGGGCGGGGCUUCGGUACGGUUUAUUCACAAAACUGUCUGGAUCUCGAGACGAGCGACGCUUUCUCUCGUUUCUCCUCAGCGAGUAAAUGUUCUUUGUUCGACUCUUUCACCGCUUCACUAAAUUACGACAGACUUUUGUUCCUCUUUAGAGCUUUAAUUUCUUUUUCUUUUGAAAUAAAUGAGCAUUUAAAGCCGUCGUGAUGACGACGAUGAUGAAGAACAAACCAGCAACUCGAGUAUGAUUUAAAUUGUGUUACCAGCCUCAACCUGGUGCACCAGAGUGAAAAUAAAAACACAAAAAUAAAGAAAUGACUUCAUUUUUAAAUAA